AUGACCACAGAAUCCAAGUCGCUAUUCAGCUUGGCUCGCAACAAGCUGCAGUCUGUCGUUGGCGGGGGUGCCAAAGACACUAGCAGCUUGCAUCGUUGGGUCCUGCUCAAAAACUCGAUAGUACGGUCGCAUGUCCACCCCGACACACCCCACCCAUCGGACACCGAUGCAGACCCUGAUUAUAGACAGAGCGAUGACUGUUUCGAGGAGGAGCAUGAUUCUUUCAUGUUCCCUGACCCCCAUUCCGUGCAAGACAACCAACCCACUGACGCUGGCAAUGGCGAGAGGCAGUGGCUGGACUCCUUGCUCGAGGACUUGGAGGACGAGGGCGACGACUACCUCAGAACAGACGACGAGACGGCUGCUUCUCACCUACCCUUUUCCGACGAGGACACCGAAUCGCUGAGUCCUCUCUCCUCUCCUAUGUCCUCCUCAGACGAUCUCGUCGAUCAUUCCAGCUACUUCUACCCUGUGCCAUAUCCACCUGUUCAUUCACCGCAUGUUCCUUCUUGGCUUUCUGAUUCUUCUGCCUCCAUUUUGCCACCCACGCCUCCGCUGUAUGAUAAUCCGCUUCCCUAUCUCAACGUCGACGAAUUAGACGACUCUCCUGUGCCAGAUGCCAUAGAAGACGUGUCGGAUGACGAGUCAGACGCGCCAUCUACGCCUUCGACCGUCUCGACCCCGACGCUAUCGCUGCCCGGCUCUAUCAUCCCUGUUUCCCGCGAGCGGACGCGGCUACUUUCCCACCCCCCUCCCCAAGUUUAUGUUGAAAUGGACGAUCCAUAUUUCUGCCUGUUCGAGCUUGAUCCCUUGCCAUUCCCCGAUGAUACUCUCGCCCCUUCAAUUCAUGCUUAUCGUGGUUCAUAUUCAGAGUGUUGA